AUGGCGAGGGAGUUUGAGAUGACCGAUAUUGGGCUCAUGUCUUACUAUCUCGGCAUUGAAGUAAAGCAAGGAGGUAAAGGCAUAUUAAUUACUCAAGAAGGGUAUGCUAAGGAGGUACUUAAGAAGUUAAAAAUGGAUGAUGCAAAUCCGGUUGGUACACCAAUGGAAUGUGGAGUCAAGUUAUCAAAGCAUGAGGAAGGAGAAAAGGUGGAUCCAACAUUUUUUAAGAGCUUGGUUGGAAGUUUAAGAUACUUUACAUGUACAAGGCCAGAUAUUCUCUAUGCUGUAGGAGUUAUAAGUCGAUAUAUGGAGAAUCCAACAACAACUCACUUGAAGGCAGCAAGAAGGAUUCUUCGUUAUCUAAAAGGUACAAUAAGUUUUGGUUUGUAUUAUUCAACUUCCGAUGAUUACAAGCUUCUUGGAUAUAGUGAUAGUGAUUUGGGUGGAGAUAUAGAUGAUCGUAAAAGCACAAGUGACUUUGAGUUUUAUUUGGGAAAUACGGCGUUUACAUGGAUGUCAAAGAAGCAGCAAAUUGUUACUCUUUCAACAUGUGAAGCGGAGUAUGUAGCUGUCACCUCUUAUGUUUGUCAUGCAAUUUGGCUUCGAAACUUGUUAAGGAGGUUGGGCUGUCCACAAGAAGAACCAACCAAGAUUUAUGUGGAUAACAAAUCAGCAAUAGCCUUUGCCAAGAGUCCUGUUUUUCAUGAUUGA